AUGCGUCGUGUGAAUCCAGGUAUCAAAACCCUGUUGCUGGCCGGUUCUCUGCUGGCCCUCAUCUUGAUAAUCGCCUGCGGCGGCGCGGCAACCGCUCCCGCGCCGGAAUCGGAUUCCUCCGCUGCUCCCUCCGGCGCGGCCGCAGGAGCGCAACCAGCAGCUACGGCCGCGCCUUCCGGCAGUUCAGCCCAGGCCCAACCCGCUGCAACCGCGGCGCCGGCCCAGCCUGCCGCGCCUUCCGGGCGUCCCACCGAGGCGGCGAAUCCCACGCCCACGGUCGAACCGGUGGAAGUCCAGGCACCCGAAACCGACUGGGUCCAUCAAGGCAAGCACGGGCGAACAAUGAAGUGGGUGGCCCGGAACAACCCGGGGUUCUGGGACGUUCACUACGGAGCGAGCUUGACCACGACCCUGACACCGUCGGGUCCCAGGUUCAACCAGUUGGUGGAAUACAACCCGGUUAACCCGGAGGAGAUCAUCGGCGACCUGGCGGAAAGCUGGGACGUCAGCGAAGACGGCACGGUGUACACCUUCUACCUCGCCGACGCUCGGUGGACGGACGGGCAGCCGGUGACGGCCAGCGACAUCGUCUACAGUCUGGACCGGAUCACCCUCCCCGACGCGUUCCGCGGCCGCACCAACAGCCUGCGCGAUUUCUAUGAACACAAGACCGCGGAGGUGAUCGACGACCGGACGGUGCGCGUGCCCAUCAAGUUUCCGGCAGCCACGUUCAUGGUCAACCUGGCCUCGGACUACAUGAAGAUGUACCCGGAGCACGUCGCUGGACCCCUGACCCAGGAGGACGUCAACUGCUGCCCGGAGAACAUGAUCGGCUCCGGCCCCUUCAUCUUCAAGGACGGCAGCUGGCAGAAGCAGGAGGCCUACGAAUACGUCAGAAACGACGACUACUUCAAGGCUCCGCGUCCCUACUUUGACGGGUUCAAGGUCUUCCUGAUCCAGGACGUGGCUCGCGCCAUUGCAACGCUGAAGGUCGGCCAGGCCGACGGGACCUACUACCCGGUGCUGGCGACAUACACUGAAUUCGUCGAGCAGCUGGAACAUGACACCGACGGCCGGAUGCGCGCCCUGUUCAUGGAAAACGUGCAGCGCGCCGGGCUUAAUUACAACUGGCUGGUCGAGCCUUAUGAUGACCCAAGAGUCAGGACGGCCCUGUGGCUCGUCAUUGACCAGGAAGAGCUAGUCGAGAAGAUCCUUCGCGGCAACGGCACCGUGGGCACCCAUUUCCACGUCGGGUUUGCCCCCAACGAAAGCGUCGAAGCGCUGUACGAGCUGCCGGGAUACCGACGCGAUGCCGACGGCAGCAAGUCCCAGGCGGACCUGGACGAAGCCAAGAGGCUGCUCGCGGAGGCCGGAUACCCGGACGGGUUCAGCGGCACCAUCACCACCAUCCUGACCGGAUGCACCGCCACCUCCGCCCAGUGGGUCAGCCAGGUCUGGAAGAACGAGCUCAACCUGGAAAUGGAGAUCGAGUCCAGCGACGUCGCGACCCUGUACUCCAAGUGGCGCAGCAACGACUACGAAGUGAUUAUUUCCUGCGGCAGCGGCAUCAUCCUCCCCGACCCCUCGGACAUCCUCAACCAGUGGUACGGCAUGGACACCAUGCGCAACUCCGGCAACUGGACCACCACCGAGUUCGAUAGGCUCAAGGUCGCUCAGGCCAAGGAGUUGGAUCCCGACAAGCGCGAACAGCUUUUCACGGAGAUGGUCGAUCUUCUCCGGGCAGAGGUGCCACACUUUAUGCCCACGGGUUGGAUACACGCCGGCGGCACCCUGGACUACCGCGUACGCAACUACCACGUCCCGAGGACCAUCCAGAUGAUCCACAAGCUGGACCACAUGUGGUGGGACGAAAACGCGGAGAAGCCUCCAAUAGGAACAGGCUAUCAACCGUAG